AUGUCUUCAACCUCAAGUGACGACGAAGAUGGCGGUGGAAAUGACCGCGGGAAAGAAGGUGAGGUAGAGGAGGCCGUGAAUGCACAGGCGGUGCCUCAAGGAGAGGCGAACGGUCAGGUUGUCACCUCCCAACCCGUUGAUCGGGAGCUGAGGGACUGGAGUGACGGUCUCUUUUCGUGCCACAAAGACGUCGGACAUUGCUUUCUGGUUGCUUUCUUCUCCCCCUGCAUGGCAUGCUACGAAUUCCACAAACACAAUGAGAAUCCACUACUUGGGUGUACCUACUUCGGUCCGCUGAUGGCCCUAGUGGCUCAAUAUCGUGCCCGAAAUGGAAUUACGGGAAGUCUUUGCACGGAUUGUCUGAUGUCGUAUUUCUGCACUUCCUGCAUGCUCUGUCGCCUUCAUCGCGACUUCACCAGAUCAAAGAAAUAA